GGUCGAGCAACCAUUACCAACCCACAAGGAAGAUCAACACAACAUUCCCUAAUCCCUCCCCUUCAUACAUCAUCAUGUUCAUCUUCUUCUACCUCCAUUUUCAUCCUCCUCUUUCUCUUCUCUGUUUCUUCCCUUCCAAUUUCCUCCCUCUUUUUCUUAUUUAUGCUCCCAAUUUUCAACUAUUUACCAGAACUGUUCGUCAAAAGGGAUAAUUCAAUCUCUAUUCUACUUCUACAAACUUAGGUACUGUGUUUUGCUGAUUUUUUUUAUGAUUUGACUUGUUGCAGCAGCAUUAACUGAAUAAACUUUCUGAAGCAAGUCAUUGAUUAUACAAACAAAAACGUUUCGUGUUCAGGAGGGUCAGGACUUAGUCUGAUAUUAGAGCCUAAUGAGCUGCUGUCACUUUGCUGUCUAUUGAUUGCAAUGGAGGUAAAGGAAAUAGAUCGAGUGAUCAUAUCAAAGCCAGUUGCUUCAAGGCCUAAUUGUACUGGCUUUAGACUAGAGCUUCUUGCUGGUCCUAUCAAUGCCUCAUUGCCACCAGAAACAGCGGCUGCUGCGACCAGGCCCAAAACAGUGAGACCCACAACUAGUCAGGUUAAACCUACCAGUGAAAUUCAGGUUGACACUUCUGAAGCAGCUUUUGAUUGUUCAUCUACUAGUAUCUCCAGAGUCCAUAAUCAAUCAAACAUCUUCAAACCACUGGCAAAGUCUGUUUCUAAGGCAACUAUUUCUCUUUUGGCCAAUCUGAGCAGUUCUGGAAUUUCCCAUCAACAAGCAUUAUCUCAGUUUGGUGUGUCUGCAAAACUGGACAAACUUCAAAUUUUCUCAAAUCAGCAUUCAAAUAAUCUGUCAUUUGUGGAGCUGUCUAAAUCCAUUGAGCCCCCUACAAUAGCACCACAGAUGCUAGAUGAAGAGCUUAGAAUGAUGGCAUCUUCUACAGCCGGGAUCAAUAAACGCUCAUGUGACGGGUAUAAUUGGCGAAAAUAUGGGCAAAAGCAAGUCAAGGGUAGCGAGUUUCCAAGAAGUUACUUUAAGUGUACUUAUCCAAAGUGUCCAAUGAAAAAGAAGGUUGAGAGAUCAUUAGAUGGACAGAUAACAGAAAUUGUCUACAAAGGAGAGCAUAACCAUCCGAAGCCAGAUCAUCCCAAACGCAAUGUAUCACAAGUGCAAGAAUCGGCAAUCGCUGGGACUGAUCAAGAUCACAGUAUCAGUGACCCCAAGCAUGACAAUCUUUGUGAUGAAAUUGAAGGUUUUGAGAGACAGAUGGAGAAUGAAAAUUCAUUGAUGACUUCCAAGCAGGCUUUGUUCCCUGGAAACUAUGUCCCACUAUUUUAUAAUUCUGUUGAUACAGAAGAGUGCAGUGCUGGUGACAGGGCUAUUGUGGAUCCAGCUGGAAUUGGCAGGGGUUGUGAAGAAGCGGACCAGCCAACGAAGGUUGAUGAUAAUGGAACCAAAAAUAAGCGAAGGAAACAGGACAAGCAAAACAAUGAUACAGGCAAAUCAGGUGAAGGUGUAAUAGAGCCUUGUAUAUUGGUGCAUAAUAACUCUGAGCCUGAGAUAAUGGGGGAUGGCUUUCGUUGGAGAAAAUAUGGGCAGAAGGUAGUGAGACGAAAUCCUUACCCCAGAAGCUACUAUCGUUGCACCAGCCCCAAAUGUAAUGUACGGAAACAUGUUGAAAGAGCGAUGGAUGAUCCGGGAACCUUCAUCACAACCUAUGAAGGAAGGCAUAACCAUGAAAUGUCGAUGAAGACUACGAACAAUUCAACAACAGAGCCAGAGACACAAGUCCUUACUAUAAAAGAUAAGCAAUAAAAGAGAAGUGUUCUGCAAUACUUACAUACCUAAGUUCUUGGUAUAAAACAUAUAACUUUGUAGUGUGUUUGCUAGACGGUUAUAAAAGAUAGUAAUAGUAAUGAGUUCAAUGUAAGUUUAUACGUUAAGUUCCAUGUCAAUAUCCGUGGUAAACCCGACUACCUUUUGUGAUCUCGUGUUCUUCACAAAUUUGUAUUGGUAUCUUAUAUAUAAAUGAUAUUGAGUGUGGAAAUUUAUGAACAAAAUACGUGUUUGGAAAUGAAGUUUCAGUGCCCGUGUUUGUA